GCUGAGCCGCCUCGUUGGCUGGACGCGCUCGCGCUGCUCUUGAUCCUCUUCUCUGGUGUGUAAAAUACAUACCGAUCGUUAAGCAUACAUUCACCUCAACUCGUAUCGUGAACAUUUCGCGGGUGUGACAAGCGGCAAUGACUGAUCAUGUGAUUGUAGAUUAGACCAGUGCGAACAAUACACAGUGUGUUUGCGGAUCAUUGGUUUUUCGGUUACUAAAAAAGUAGGAGUAAUUGUGCAGAAGGAAAAAAAUGGCUUCGAUGUGCGGAAGCAGCAAGAGCCACCCGGCCCUGACCACCAGCAGCUUCUACAGGCCAGGCGCUUACCCUUAUCAGAAUGACUACUACCUGCCACCGAGAUCGGCCUGGUCGAGAGUACCACCGCACACAUCAAAGUCGAAUCGAGGCAGCUCGACAUGGAAGGUCGGAAGCGCCAUGUUAAUUGUAAUCGCGAUGCUCGUAUUAGUCGCCGUGCUCGCCAUCGCUGGACUGGCUCUUUGGAUGGGAGCUCUCAGGGCAGAUACGAAGAAUGCAGUCGUAGGCUUUGUCGGUAACUUUAGAAUAACGAGAGGAGAAAAAUACAAUCCUAUGUUGAAAUUGAACACGAGUAUGGUUUUUCGUGAAAAAGAACAAAAGUACAAAAAUAUCUUUGAGCUGCUGUUUAGGAGAAGCGUCUUAGGUCCUUCGUAUAGGCAGGCGAUCAUAGACAAAUUCGAGAACAACACAUUAAAGGUAUUCUUCAGGCUGUACUUGGACAGAAGGAAGAUCCCAAGGUCCAUCACAAACGUAGAGGACACGGUAGAGGAUAUUAUAGCGAAAGAGACUUACUCCGUGAAUUCCUUGUUCAAAGACAUGGAACUCGAUCUUACGAGUAUUACAGUCAAAAGACUAAACCCAGAAGGCGCUGCAAACCCGAAACCAGCUCCAUCCCAACAGCGCAACACGAUGAUAACGAAAAAUGGUAUCCUUCGUCCGAAUCGCAACAUCUCCCUGAUAACAACUCACCCUAAAACCAACCACAAUGUCAAAUCUAAACCGGAGCCGAUCGAUGUUAGUGAUCCUGAAUCGGAAAUCGACUUCAGCAACAUCCCAACGAUCAAAGGCACCUACACAGCGAUCAAUCUCAACGCUACCGGCUCCAGAAGGGAUGAGGUAGUCGUCCCUAGUAGCACCACAACGACAACCACUACCACAACCACGUCUACUACCACCACGACAGCUGCGCCUAGUAGUAGCAGUAGUACGACCACGAGUGAGGCUACGACAACUGUCAAGGUUAGAACGACGACCUUAAGCAGUAGUGGAAGUAUCGAGACGGGUUUUCACGAGUUCAAGGAGCCGGACUUGGAGACCUCGCCCUGGAGACCUAUUAUACCGCCGUACCUGAACAGUGACCACAAGCUCGGACCUGGUGUCGUCACAACUGCCGCACCAUCCGUGGUCACGCAGAAAGAUAAGAAAGACGACGGUCAGUCUGCGGUUGACAAAUUAGCUGAAAUUAAGAAAAUCGUAGUGGAUACCUUACCAGCCACAAACACGUUGGUUCCACCAUUACUGAUCGCCCUCGACGACGAGGACAGCGUUUUUCCACACGACCGUGUUGUUCCCCAGGAGAUGGUUAAUUUCAGGGUCAACGGCAAGUUCAAAAAUAAGCCUCCAGCCAGUUCCGCUGUUUCUCCUAUCUACGAAGAAAGCACUGAAAAUGGCAAACCCAAGAUCGAAGUGUCUGGUCAGUUACCGCCUGAUACCUACGACUUGAGACUUAAGGCUUCUCCAAACGGUCAACCGAUUCCGCCGGUGCAGCUUCCGGGUGUGUUCAAGACUGAUGAUGAAAUAAAGUACACAAGUGUAGAGCCAAAUUUCCCUGGAUUCGAUGAAGAGGACGAACAGCCGACUAUUUUGACGGGUAUUGGUGUAGCUGAACCAGUUCUUGAUACCGAAUUAGAUCUAGAGAGUCGAAAUAGAUACAGUGAAAUAAUGGCAGACGAACCUAAUGAAAAGCUCAAGUCUCCCCUGGACAAUCUGAAGCCACACCAGCCUCAACAGAACCAACCGGUCUACACGAGCUACAAGACUCCUGACCUGAUGGGCGGUUCGAAACCACCUCUAGUCCGAGUCCCAGGAACUCUCAAGCCUUUCAGCCAUACUAUCCCAGUCGACAAGAUUAGUCCAGCAAUGGACGACGUUCCGGCUCCUCCUAUGGAUUUUAUGGAUCCUCCAAUGAAGAUCGAGAAACCGACGAGAGGACAAAAACCCAUACCCAACCUAGAGAGGAUUGUCGAGAUCGAGACAUUUGUCAAGGACGUGACCGAACCACCUGCAAAUAAUAGCAAUUCGACGUCAAAUUCAGAUUCCACUACCGUGGAAACUCUGAUUGACGACGAGAAGGUGCUCAAGAUGACAACUACAGAAGUCAUGUCUGAGUUCCUUCAUCCGGAAUUCAACAACGGAGAGAAGCUGGUUGUGGGCGACGAAGGAUCAGGUUUUCCUUCAAGGAACACGACAUUCGUCAAGGUGGACAUGAUAAAGCACGUACCUGGAGUUUUAGCGAACACCAGCGAAGAUUCGGUGCAGAUGAGGAAUCUGACGAGCGAAGAUUCUAGUCAGCCAACUACGACAACGCAACAGACGACGAAGAACGUCUACAACGAUACGUUGAAGGCUAACGUUGUGAUAGACCUGGUAACUCUCGCACCUGUCAAGAGCAAUACAGGCGUAGGGCGACCGAUAAGACCUCGACCGAAGCGACCUCAGCCUCCCGUCGAAUCGAAAAAUAGGACCGCGGCACCUGUGCUACCUGUUGCAUCUAUAUCUACGGUGAAUACCUCAGAGGAUACCGUCCUUCUAGAGAGGCUCUUUGGACUUCAAAGUGCCGAUAGUGACUCUAAACGAGAGUCUCCUGAACAACAGCAACGCGAUUUUGCUAAAGACCCAUUACCCGAGACUAUCGAGCAGAUCGUAGAGGUCGUUACAUCCAUCAGUACGAAAGUGUCGUCGAGUGUCAAGGAUGACCAGAUGAUUCUCAAACUGGUAAUUACCAAUUCAACAGCAGAACCAGACCACACUCCUCCCAACAAAAUCUCAACUGUUACCACGACAUCCACCGUAACUCCGAACUCUGACCGUAAAAUUGCAACAGCCCAGGAUAAUCAAUUUUUAGUCGACAACCUCCGAAAGUUCGCUUCAGUUAGAACAGGAAACGAACCAGCCACCAAGAAGCCAAAGACCGAAUCUGCUCCACCACCAUCUCCUAUGCCAACGAGGUACAAACCUGACAAUCUGGUCGACCUGGAGAAGCUCAAGCAGAUCGCCGACGUGGUGGCAAGGGGGAACAAGACGGUUACAGUUCCCAAGGAGACAACAGUCAACUUUGCACUGAGUCGCGAUGGUGUGCCCGUCAUGACUAAGACGUUGACCAAGGCUGAGGAGAGGAACGAUAAGAUGAUAUCUACAACUGAAGAGAAUCAAACUAGUCAAGCCCAAAUUUGUCACGGCUUCCAAUGCGGCGACGGCAAGUGCCUGCCCAUUAAAGGGCGCUGCAACAUGUUGAGUGAAUGCGCCAACUCAGAGGAUGAAGCCAAUUGCACUUGUGCCGAUUUCCUCAAAGUUCAGCUUCUUCACAAGAAGAUUUGCGAUGGCACUGUCGAUUGCUGGGACUAUUCUGAUGAAGCUGACUGCGACUGGUGCAGAGAUGGUCAAUUUGUCUGUGGCAACAGCAGGUUCUGCGUGGACCAGUCGAGCAUCUGUGAUGGCAUUCGAGACUGCCCUUACGGCGAAGACGAGAAGAAGUGCGCUGCUCUGAUCGAUGACGACCUACAACUGGAAGACUCAAGCAAACCGUCCGCCCAAGUCUACCGCGAGUUCUUCACUUCCGGCAACGAAGAUAUCUUUGAGGACAUUGAUCGGAAAGACGAUAACGUCGAGGAGAACCAUACUACCGAAGAAGUUCUCGAGGAGGAGUUGCCAGAAGGAAAUCUGAGGGAUGUGGUUUCUGGUAGAGAGAUAUCCUCUUCGAAGACCAGGGGUAACAACAACCUGGUUGGCUCGAUCAGAGCUGACGUAAAGACCGAGGGACCGUUUGCGAAGUACAGCAACAGGCUGGAGGUGAAUAACUUCAACGAUAGAGGAUUUUUGAAUGUGAGAAAAAACGGACAGUGGGGAAAGCUGUGUCUCAGCGAUGCCGACAGUUUGCUACAGCGCAGACAACUGUCCUGGACAAUCGAGGAUCUUGGCAGGGCUGUUUGCAAGGCCAUCACUUAUCAGGACUUUGAUAAAGUUGAGAAGGUACAAGAAGACAGUCCGUCUCUCGACAAAACAUAUUACAGUCUCUCAUUGAAUGACAACAAAUCAACUGACAGAACGAGUCUAACGUUGAAGAAAACUAAGUGCCAAAACGGUCAGGUUCUCAAGGUCAAGUGCAAGAACUUCGAGUGCGGCAUCAGGACUCAAGUGCCAUCUCAAGCGAGAGAAUGGCCUCGAACUCGUCAUUACAGAAUCGUCGGAGGUGGCAGUUCGUCAGCUGGCAGUUGGCCUUGGCAAGUAGCGCUUUACAAAGAAGGCGACUACCAAUGCGGAGGAGUCAUCGUUAGUGACAGGUGGAUCGUGUCUGCAGCCCACUGCUUUUAUCGAGCUCAAGACGAGUACUGGGUGGCACGAAUAGGAGCAACGCGUCGAGGCAAUUUUGCAAGUCCAUACGAGCAGGUGAUUAGGCUGGACUACAUAAUCCUUCAUCCGGAUUACGUGGAUAUCAGCUUCGUCAACGACAUCGCGUUGUUGAGGCUAGAAAAGCCGUUGACUUUCAGUGACUACGUCCGGCCAGUCUGUCUGCCCACCUCUGAGCCCAAGAUUGGGACGACCUGUACCGUUACCGGUUGGGGUCAGCUUUUUGAGAUUGGAAGGCUAUUCCCUGACACGCUUCAGGAAGUUGAACUGCCAAUAAUACCGAUGGAGGAGUGUCGCAAAGAGACGUUUUUCAUCUCGUUCAACACCUCUGGAAUGCUUUGUGCCGGUGUCCAAGAGGGUGGAAAAGACGCCUGUCUCGGCGACAGUGGUGGUCCGCUUGUCUGCUCCGAAUCCGAUAAUAAAUACACCCUCAAUGGUAUAACGUCGAACGGACACGGUUGUGGCAGGAAAGGUCGACCGGGUGUCUACACAAAGGUGCAUUACUAUCUGGACUGGAUCGAGAGAGUAACGUCACGCACCGACAUACCCUCGACAGUUACCAGCUGCAAAGGCCAUCGAUGUCCGCUCGGAGAGUGUCUUCCCAAAUCACGACUCUGCAACGGGUUUCUUGAGUGCAGCGACGGCAGCGACGAGCGAAACUGUCCUCGAACUCGAUGAAUUAUUAAAUCUUAUGCGGUUGCCGCAUAUACUCAACGGAAAGACUGAAUAACUCUUUUUAUUUCUGAACGAUUGUCGAUAUUGUAACGAGAGAUAGGCAAAGGGCCCUUGUGUGGACUACUUUGUAGAAGUAAAAUUUUAGAAGACAGUGAAGAUUUUGGUACAAGUGUUAGUUUUCAAUGUGAAUUAGGUGACAUUCGAUUUUGUAUAUAAUAGAGGUAAUUACGUAUGACACCUAAUUUAAUUAUUAUACUAUAUACAAACUAAGCGACAGAAAAAGACGAUUACACAUCUGAAGUAAUUUAGGUGUCCGACUUAAUUGUACAUAAUACUAUGCAUUUACGUGCUUUAUAUUUUAGAAAUUCUGUCGUAUUUGUAACAUACAUAGAUUAAGGAUAGCAAAAGAAAUAUUUUGGAAAUUUGGUAGAAAUAGUUUUCCUAAUUAGUGCACAAGAUGAUUAGAAAUUAUGCCAAUGGUAAAACUGAUGAAAAUAAUAUUCAACAUAGGUAGACGAUACACAAUUUCUAUUUCUAAUAUUAUUAAAAAGAUUAGUUACACUGAUCUUAUUUGUAAUGAUAAUGAUUAGUUAAGCAAUCCAAUCACAUUGAAAAGCAGUCCACAUUAGGGUCCUUUAAGUAGACAAAUUGUACUCGAUGUUUCGAAUUUCAAUGCAUGUAAUAGUUGUUGUGUAAUGUGAGAUUCGAGAAAUCUGAGACGAUCCUGAUAAUGACAUUAGUCCUUAUGUUAAUAAUUUACUGAUUUGAGAAAAUUUUAAUUUAAGAUUUGGAUUUAAAAUAAACAUAGUUUUAGAGUGAAUCUUCGCGUUAAGUUAGAAUUAAGCUCAUUUUUUAUAAAAAUACAAAUUGUAUAAACAAAUAAAGAAUUCAUAAAACUA